GCGUAUCCUUUCUUUUUAUCCAACUAUCUUGCUGUUCAUUUAAGAUCAGCAACAAAAAGGGACAACACGAUGCAGCAGUUAAUGGUACAGCUUCUGCUGCUGCUGGGCUUGAUGCAUCUCCAGCAGGCGGAGGUUGAGGUGUUGGCGACCGGAGCAUCGCCCUGCCAGGCUCCACUACAGUGGGAGGGAAGAUGGGUCGUGUACGACCACGGCACGGGCAGGAACAGCCGAGCCGCGGUGUCCUACGACGGACAGAACCACAGACUGCGGGUGCUGCAACAGCACAAGAAGCACACGCCGUGUCAGAGGUACUUUGAGUUUAUCUACUUGUACGAGAGCAGCCUGAUGUUCCAGAUUGAUCAAAAGACGGGCGACUGCGCUAAGGUGGAGCUGACCGAAGCCUGGGACCCCUUUGACAUUCCUGACAAUUCCACUUUUGAGGACCAGUACAUUAUUGGAGGCCCCGGCGACAACAUGGAGGUGCAGGAGUGGUCCGACAGGAAGCCCGCCCGCAAACAUGAGACCUGGGUAGGCGUGUACACGCUGCGCGACUGCUAUCCGGUUCAGGAGACGUAUAUCAAAAACAGCAGCGUCACCACGUCCACGCGUUUCUUCAACCUGCAGCUUGGCAUCAGCGACCCCAACGUCUUCACGCCGCCGCCCGGCUGCCAGAUGGCCCGACCGCACGCCAUGGCCCACACGCACUGCUGAGAUGCUCGGGAAUCCGGAUGGCAUUUCUUUGCAUUUUAGUUCACGGUCAAACCAACAAGAGCGGACCACGAGUCGUAAAAAAAGACACAUUAACUAAGAAAGGAUUAAUGUUGUCCAUCCAUGUAAGCAUGUUAAAUACUAAGCCCACUCUCCAUAUAGUGUGACAGUAAUAAAGCAAAUUAUAGACACAAAA